GGGAAGAGAGCGCAAUGAAAACUGCUCUCUGUGCUGAUCCAGUUAUAGGCUGAACUGUCUUGGUGCUGGUUCCACAACAAUGUGAAGCCUGAAAUUCACACUGUUGUCUCCGUCCUACCUUCCUUUCAUGGCGUUUGAAGGAGCUGCGGCCAAAAGGGCCAAACUCAUUGCAUCCAGGGUCCACUGGGGAAACACGGGCCUAUGUGUUUCCAUUAUAGACCAGGACACUCACGGAAAUCCAAGUCAGGACAGUAUUGGGAAGUGGCUCAGCACCAAUGUCACCCAGGAAGAUGCAAAGCAAGAGCCACUGCAGGAAGACGCAGGGCCUCUGCAGAGGAACCCCAGCAGUGACGAUGACUUGGCGCUGGGUGUAGAAGCGUCUUUAUAUGCCAAACAAGGAGUGAAGACGGUCCAGGAGUUUUUGCGGUGGAGUAGCUCAGGUCCAGCCCUUAGUAGGUGGAACAGCUUCAGCUCAGCAACUUCAGGUCACUCUGGACCACUCAGUGUGAUGGAUGUACUUAACCUAUGGAACGACGACCCAGAAGAGAUUCUCUUGGACCUGGGCUUUGGCUGUGAUGAACCUGACCUCUCUGGACGCAUUCCGGCACGAUUCAUUAAUUAUCAGUCUCAGGCAAGAGGAAUAAAUCUCCAAGUGUUUCUAGAGGCUCAGAAAAACCGUCUGGACCUGGAGAACCCAGACGUCAGCAAUCGGUUUAGACAACUUGAGGUUCUACAGCAGGUCACUACAGCAUUCUCCAGCUUUAUAGGAUCUUCCUCCUCUCCAAUGAAAGCAACACAAGGAAAAGACCUGCCCCCUGAGGCCCAGGAGAGGAGAAGGCGCAUGGGAAUGCUGUUCAGACGAGCAUCAAAAAAGUCACUUGGCCAAAUACACAGGAAUAAAACCCAUGGCCUGACUAUACCUGCUGCCAACUGUGUUCCUGCAUCUGAGUCACAACAACCCACACCCAGCCCUAGAGACAAAAACGUCUGCUUAAAAAGAGUUAAAGCAGGCUCUCUAGAGACUGCGUCUCUGAGUCCUUUGGCAGAGGAACAAGGAAAUGAUCCAGACCUUCAAUCCCAACAUCCCUUGGUUUAUUUACUAUCCCAGGAGGGAGCGUUCAAAUCUGCACCCCUGAGAGAAGGUCACCCCUUGGCAGCUAAAUCUUUUUUACAGAGGAAGAAGAGCCAAGGACAGAUCAGGGAAUCAUUUGAAAUGGAGGAGAUACAGAGCUUUGAUGAAAGCAGUGUCGCAGUGAGCUACGUGGGAGGAGCAGAAAACUUUGUGAGAGGUUUAAUGCGGACCAACAGCUGCCAGUCAGACAGCAGUGGCUUUCUAGAAGAACCCUUUAUACCACUGGUCCCUCAUUUGGCAUCACCAGGAUCUGAAAUCAUCAAGGCUCGUUCAGGGUUUUCAGAAAGGAGUGCCGACAAUCAGGGCAGUGAGAAACCAGAGUCUUCUGCUUUUUCUCCUCAUACUGACAAAUCUCCCAUCCCUGCCUCAACAAUGACCUCUUGUGGUGUUAAUAAAUAUCUCCCUUCCUCACCCUGUCCUUCACCAGAUUCUACUAUAGAAUCGAGCUCGUCCAUAGCUUCUGCCUCACUGCCUCUCUCAAGUUGUGACCUGCAAAUUGCAAACACUGAAAGAGCACCAAAUCAGGAUCAGUCUCCACCCGCUUCAAUACAAAGUUCUUCUUCUGGUGCCAUAUCGUCUCAGCUUCCCACUUCUCCUCAUUUACCUCACUCUGCUAAUAGUGAAAUCUGUUCUCCACCCACGUUGGUCUCUCCCAAAUUAAUCAAGUUAAUCUCACAAACUCCCGAAAGCAACAAAAACAAAUCUUUUCUUCCAGAUUCUGAUGGAAUAAGUUUUUCAAAGUCAACUGCUGGUACACAAAAGGAAGAGGAUGAAAGUCUCCCUUUGCUCUCUUUUCAUUUGGACAAAGCUAAUCCAUCAGCACCACCUGUUUUGGACUUCUCAAAAUUAGAGGAAGGUUUUCCCACACCUUCCUCCCUUUCUUAUAAACUUUACAUCCCAGUUUGUCAGCCUGAUGUGUCAUCACAAUCACAUCAUCAAAAUGAUCUCAUAGACCCAGCUUCAGGAAAAAUUUCAGACCAGUCAGAGCAGGUUGUCUCUGAACAGCAUAGUACAGUCUUACCCCCAAAGAACAGACAGCAUUCUCACAAUGAUAACAAUGAUCUUGCUCUAUCCUGUCAGAUCCAAAAUGGUACAAAUGCCAAGAUGAAUGAUAUACUGUUGGAAAAAUUUCAGAGGAAUGAAAAACAACAGGAAGAAAGUGAGGGACAUGGUCCCCAAGUUUCUCAAGAAGCUGUCGUUUACAUCUCAGACACAGAAACUCCCGCUAAUCUAUCAGAAGGUUCUGCACCUUCACCUUCUGAAGUAGAAAGCCAGUCAGAAAUGGAUACACUGGUCAACUCCUCUAUUGUGCAUGAUGACAUGUCAGCAAAGACAAAACAAAACGAUAUUAGAAAACUCUAUCAAAAACACGUUGCUGGUAAAGAAAGUGAAUCACCCGGGAGUUACAUAUGUUUACACGAUCAAGUUGCACAGGCACACAGCGGAGAUGAAGUAAAACCCAAUAAUCUCAUUGCGAUUGAGAACUUAGAUCUGGUAUUUGAAACCUCAGUAGAUGACUCUGAUAAUGAGAAUAUAGAUUUAGAUGACUUUUUUCAGCAGCUUGAUACUGAAGGGCGAGUCUAUUGGGCAGAACCCAUCCAGUUGUCCAAUCCAACCCCUGAAGCGUCAGGAAGCUUUGAAGCCUCAGACGGAUCUCCUGGAAAUCUUCCUGUAGAUUCAUUUUCUUCCACAGGCAAUGCCAUCCCUUUACUGUUGUCAUACUCAGCAAACACAGACAGAGGCCAGACCUCAAGAGCUGCAAAUGGCUCCUUGGAUGUACCUUCCUCAUUGACAUCCACAUCCCAGUCUGCAAUCCUGAAUGUCAGACCAUCAAAUCGUUCUGUUUCAGUUCAAAUGCCGUCAUAUCUGUCUUCUCAUAUUGUCCACAGAAAGGAUGUUCCAUACACUCCUGAGUCAAAAAGCACUCGUCUCCCUAUCAUUCUACCUUUGGACACCUCCAGCCCCUUUCGUGCUGUCCAGUCAUGGACAGACCUGCAAAUUCAGCGCAAUACUCUGACCAAGAAUUUAUCAUAUGGGGCUCUUCAUGCUGUUCCAAACAAAACGAAUUUGUCCAUGAGUUGCCCAGGAAUGACACAAAAACCAGCACAUCAAGAGCUCUUCUCUUCAUCUCCUUCUUUCUUUCACCUGUCUAACAAUUGGAAAUCACAGGAGACUAUCCCUGAGAUGGCUAUAAAUUGUAAGACAGAGUCAGUAUCUGUAGAUACAGGAUUGUGGCCGGAUGAGCAGGAAGAAGACAUGAACAGAAAUGGAAAUGAAACUCAGAAGAAACUUUGGGAGGGCAAUCAGCAAGACACCAUGGCAUGCUGCUGCUCCUGUGACCAUACCUGCUGUAUUCACAAGAGUAACAACAAGGAACACACUUUCGGAAACAGUCCUUACUCUCUGGAUGAGCUGGAGGAGAUGUUGCUGUGUCUGCAGCAGUUUUGGUCUGUGCUAAGUAACAUGGAGGAGCAACUCUCUGAAGACCAGGCUGCUGUGUACAGUUGUCUCUCUGACCAGGACAGAGAGAAGAUUCGGGACAUCGAAGAGCUGAGACGUGCAGUAAAACAAGAGGCUGGGGAGCUGGAGAGGCAGUUAAAAGAACUGGCCUAUGAGUAUGAUGAAAGCUUGAAAAUGAAGAUGCACAGAUUGUUGGAUGAACAAUCUCUCCUCUGCUCUCAACUUAAAGUCUUUCUACCUGGAACAGUCCCCACAUCAUCAUCUAACCCCAUGCCCAACAGGACAGUAGCCACUCAGUGCUCUUUGCUACCCUUGCUCACCGCAGCUGACAUACAGAGUAGCCACAUUUCUGAUUGGAAAGGCUGGAAGACUCUGAAACCUGGACUGGAUUCCAACAGACAGUCAGUUCCUGGGUCUGAGAGCAUCUGUGAUGGUCAGGGCGGUUCUCCCACCAAAGCAGACAAGCUAGAUAUAGUAGGCUUCUUGCAGAGACUGAAGGAGACUUUGCAUCAUUCUGUGAACACAGACUCAUCAGAAUAAGAGGUGUCAGGAACAUUGUGUGAUGUGCACCUAUGUUUUGUCAAUAUUCCAUUCUUUCAAAGCCUUAUUGUAUGAGAUGUGCAGUUUUAGUGUUUACUUAGUAUUUCUGUAAUUUUUUGAGUCUCUUUUACUGUUUGUGUCAGUAUAAUGGGUCUGCUAACAAGACAACCAAAAGAAAAGAACGUGAAAAGGCAUAGCAUAUCAGGUUUUACAAGAAUAAUGUUUCUUUUUUAAGAUAAAGCAUAGCAAUAUAAUUGUGACUUAAUUCAUUAAAUAUAGUAAUGUUUGGUAAGUUUUACACCUUAAUUACAUUAAAACAAUAUACCUUGGAAAAGUGAAACACAUUUGUGUGAUUUGUGCAUUCAUAAUCUCUGUGAGUCUUUAUUUUGUGUGACUUCAGACUGGAGCAGGAUGUACCAAUUACUGGAGUACAAUCCUGAAUAAAGACUUCUAAAGGUUUUGAUUUUACUAAAGGAUCGAGAGCAGGGCUGUGCAGAGAUGUUUGAAAGUUAAAAUGGGGCACAUAGACCCAGGCUGAAUAACAACAACCCACAUUCAUCAAGAAUCAAAUAUGGAAUCACAUCAUACUAUAUCAUUGUCACCAGGUGGGGACAAUGCAAAGCAAAUGUAGCCUAUGUUUUACCUGAUGGGUACAAUGUUGCUGUUGAAGAGUUGCUGCUCCUGCUGCUGAUAGUGCUGGAGGGCAGGGCUGUGCUGAUUUGAGCCUGUAGACAUUAAAGAGUCCACAGGAGAGAUGGUAGCUGAUUAAAGUGUGAUUAAGUGUUAUGAGAUAAUA